AUGACUCUGAGCGCGGAGAUGUCCGCUGCCGCCUCCGCCUUGGCCGAAGAGACAGACAUCGACGUGGUCGGGGAGGGCGAGGACGAGGGGGGCGGCGACGAGGACGAGGACGACGAGGAGGAGCCCCCUUCCCGGCGGCCGUACGACGAGGAGGAGGACGGCGAGGAGGACGAGGCCAUCUCGCUGCCCAGGUCCCCGGGGGCGCGCGCUACGGCAGGGUCCCCCGGCUCCGGCUCGCCCUCCUCGCCCUCCUCGUCGUCCUCCGGCUCCUCCUCGCAGCCGGGCCCCUUCAGGGCGACGGGCGGCGGCAAGAGCAGCCUGGUGAAGCCGCCUUACUCAUACAUCGCGCUCAUCACCAUGGCCAUCCUGCAGAGCCCCAAGAAGCGGCUGACGCUGAGCGAGAUCUGCGAGUUCAUCAGCGGCCGCUUCCCCUACUACCGCGAGAAGUUCCCGGCCUGGCAGAACUCCAUCCGCCACAACCUGUCGCUCAACGACUGCUUCGUCAAGAUCCCCCGCGAGCCGGGCAACCCGGGCAAGGGCAACUACUGGACGCUGGACCCGGAGUCCGCCGACAUGUUCGACAACGGCAGCUUCCUGCGCCGCAGGAAGCGCUUCAAGAGGCAGCCGCUGCCGGCGUCCGACCUGCUCUUGCGCGGGCUCGAACCCGCCGCCGCCGCCUUUCUUCAUGCGCCGCCGCCGGCCGCCCAGCCGCCGCCGGCCGCGCACCCCGGCCAGCCCCCCGCGUACGCCUACGGGCCUUACAGCUGCGGCUACGGCCUCCACCUCCAGCCCUACCCCGCGCCCUCGACGCUCUUCGCCUUCCAGCCCCAGGAGAGACGGCCGCCGGCGCCGGGCCCCGUCCUGCCUGCUGCCCCGCCUUCCCUCCUGCCGGCGGCGGCGGCGGGGCCGGAGCUGGCCCGGACUACCAGCUUCAGCUACCCGGCCCAGCUGGGCUCGUCGCUGGCCGCCUCUUUGCAUGCGGCCGCCACCAAGGCCACUCCGGCCUUGGCGCGCUCCCCGUUCUCCAUUGAGAGCAUCAUCGGGGGCAGCCUCAGUCACGGGCCGGGGAACCGCUGCGGCUCCCAGGCCGCGGGGCUGCCGGUCCUGGCACGAACCUUGAUGGCGUCGCCGUCGCCUUCGCCCUCGCUACCCUCUCCCGCCGCCGCCGCCGCCGCCGCUCUGGGAACUCUGCCCCACGGGGCGGCCUUGGCCAGCGUCGAAAGCUGCGCGGCCAGGAUUUCCAAUUGCUAGCAGCCUGGGCCAGGCUUGGCUCCCUUCGGCUUUGGAGAGCAGCGACGCGGAGAGACCUUUCCGGACAGAUCGACUCGCUGGUUGGUUUCUCUGUCCCCUUUCCCUCGCUUGUGUCUGGCCUUCCGGUUUGCUGCUUUUUACGUACCUCUAUUUAUGCAAAGCCAUUUCUAGAUGCUGCAGCGGACAGAUGGCAGAAAAAGACACCAUCCUGUUUUCCCUUUAAAAUAUCUUAUUUUUUUAAAAAGUUAUCUUUGCUUUCCGUUGUGGAACUCGCUGGGUUCCCCCAGGAAGGAAGGAAGGAGGGGGGAGAUGGGAAUCCACCAAAAAUGUUGAGGGAGUCGUCAUUUGCAGCUGAUUUUUUUCGUACUUUUUAUGCACGGAAAGAUCAAAAUGUUUACAUAGAAGAGAUAGUCAUUAUCGUUUUAACCUGGGGUAUGUGUGAAUGGAAGGCUUUUUGUCUUUUCAUUUUGUAUUUUAUAUAUAUUCAUUAUCAGGAUUAUUGUUAAGGGGACUGACAAGUAUUAUUGUACCCUUCCAAUUUUUUAAAAAACCUUUUUUUUUACAUAUUUCCGGAAAUAAAGCAAAUGAUU